AUGGGCAAGUCCCUUAAAUGGAGAGAAGACCAGCCCCCUGCAUUCCUUACCAGGUCUGCAGCAUUGGAAAUCACGCGUCAUCCCAUCAACAUCACAGUAGAGGAGCGCCAUCGUGCAACGCUGCACUGUGAUGCACGUGGUGUAGGGGAUAUCAAGACAGUAUGGUAUCACAACGGCAAGCGCAUGCGUCCUCACCCGAAAAACAACAGCAACCACAUCAACAUCAACUACAAGAUAAAGAAAAAUGGGCGUCUAAUUUAUAUUGAUACCCACGUAGAGGACAGCGGUUCUUACUACUGCAAUGUUAGCGAUGUAACUGGGCAGUACAAGAUAUCUGGAAAGGCAUUCCUCCAGGUGGAUGUACCUGCUCGGUUCAUAGAAAAAGGACCACAUGACCGCCAUGUCAAAUUUGGAGUAGCUGUGGAGUUGACAUGCAUUGUGACUGGUGUACCGAAACCAACCAUUAAAUGGUUCAAAAAUGGAAUCUGGUUACAUAAGCCGUACCCAAGGGGGAUGGAAAUCACUUACAAAGCAACAGCCUCAGUAGAGUUUUCUGGCACUGAAACAGAACUGUCUCGACUCUGGAUAGGAAAUGUCACAGAGGAGGCCAUAUAUAACUGUACAGCAGUUAACACACCAAAGGGCCGUCCAUUUCCAAUUCACAGAGAAGCUAGGGUUGUUCCUAUCCCUGUGAAUAAUGGAGAAGGCAAUGCUGGAACGGCCAAGCCACCGGAAGGUCAAACUCCACAAUGUCUACCCUACAAUGGCAGUGCCUGUGCUGCUGUCCUGGGAUCGCGACAUGUCUAUAUCAAGCAAUCUAUCCAUGAUCUGGAGGAUCGGGUACACACACUUCUCCAUGAUCUGACCACAUCACAUGCCCCGUCCACAGAGAAUCGCUGUCAUGAGGCAGCACAGAAAAUGUUAUGUCAGUACCAUUUCCCAGAGUGCAUUGAAGCAGAGGAACCAGGACAAGUGCCAACACCUAAAAAAGUUUGCAGGGAGAGCUGUUUGGGAGUAAAAGAAUUGCUGUGUUUUGACCAGUGGCUGCUGGUAAUGAACAAAGAAAAUCUGCGAUACUCUUUACCGGAAUGUGAGGAACUGCCUACUAAGAUUGGUGUGAAUGCAUCCUGUGUCGACUCUCAACUUUUUGUGAGGAAAGAUGAGGAUGUGACAAGUACAUGCUACAAAGGUCGAGGACAGUGGUAUAAUGGCACACUCAAUGUGACUAGGUCCGGCAAGGCGUGUCAGGCGUGGGCAUCCAACUUUCCUCACACUCACCAACGACCACCCUCGGUCUUUCCCACCCUUCAGAAUUCUGAAAACUAUUGUCGAAACCCUGGGGCAGAGGAAAACUCCCCCUGGUGUUACACGAUGGAGAAACAUUCACGCUGGGAAUCAUGUGAUAUCCCAAAGUGUGCUGACCCUGCACCUCAGGAUGACAGGGAAACAGAGGAACAGCCUCGCUUUACUUUGGUGGCCAUAUUGAUAGUUACCAUAGUAACAUCAGUAGGUGUGUUUGUGAUUGGUCUAAUCAUUGUGCUGUGUUACCAAAUUGUUAGUCAGCGUAAGCAGCAGGUCAGAUAUAACAGCACUCCUACUGAUGACCUUGACAUUGACAUUGACAAACUGACACCCAAUAUCUCGUACCAUAAGGUGUCGGAAACACUCAAACUUAGCCCGAAGCUGGAGGGUCUGGAAUAUCCCAGGAACGAUAUUGUAUACAUCAAAGAUAUUGGACAGGGAGCUUUUGGGCGUGUUUUCAAAGCAAAAGCACCGAAUCUGUCAAAAGAUGGUGAGGAGACAAUCAUCGCAGUAAAGAUGCUGAAGGAUGAUGCUUCAGACGAUCUGUUGCAAGACUUUAGUCGCGAGGCUUCCUUAAUGGCGGAGUUUAAGCAUCCAAACAUCGUCAAAUUGUUGGGAGUAUGUGCAAUCGGAAAACCCAUGUGUUUGUUGUUUGAGUACAUGACAAAAUGGGAUUUGAAUGAGUAUUUAAGACGUUCCAGUCCGGAGCACUAUAUUGUGAUGCGUCCUGCUGUGAAUGUGUAUGAGGAGUUACCACUGCUAGACAAUGUUGACCAGCUGUACAUUUCAAUGCAGAUAGCUGCAGGUAUGGUUUACCUCUCUGAGAGAGGAUAUGUCCAUCGUGACUUAGCAACAAGGAAUUGUCUUGUUGGAGAAAAUCUGACCGUAAAAAUCGCUGAUUUUGGUUUGGCACGCAGUGUGCACACAAUUGACUAUUAUAAAGGUAGUGAACACGAUGCAAUCCCAAUUCGUUGGAUGCCACUUGAGUCGAUUCUCUACAACAAAUUUACAGCGGAGUCUGAUGUCUGGUCAUUUGGUGUUCUCAUUUGGGAGAUAUUCUCCUUUGCCCUGCAGCCAUACUAUGGCAUGACACACGAAGAAGUCAUCAAGUUUAUAAAGGAUGGUAAGAUGUUAGCGUGUCCUGAGAACACGCCAAAGCAGGUGUAUGACUUGAUGCGGCUCUGCUGGAGUCGCAAACCAAUGCAUCGGCCGCCAUUCCCAACCUUGUACAGCUCAAUCAAGGUCAUGCAUGACGAAUUACAAAAGAAAAAAAUUCGCGAAAAAGUGUGACCGUUUCGUCAAACUGAAUUCGGUGGAGAAAAAACAACUUUGUGAUUUAUUUGAAAUAUACAAAUUUGCAAAGAUGGAGACUAUGAGAGAAUAUGUGAUUUAAGUAUGAUCUGUAAACUAUGAACAAAAACUGGAAGAAAGUGUGAUAUACUUUUCUGAGGAAAUCAGUAGACUGAUGUUCACACAGUUAAAGACUUCCAUUGGUAUAGCUCAGGUUUUACUAACUGAAAAGGACUGCCAGUACAUUCUUAAUUUAACAAUCAUGCUGAUCAUUACCAUGUGUAGGAUUAUAGCUCUGAUAUUAUUAUGUGAUACAUUAACAAACAAAAAGGCCACUAUGUCCGAAAUGUGUAUUUUUAGUGUCUUUGUAGUGGAAAAAAAAACUUUGAUCGGGAAUCUUUUGUUAAAACAUUUGACAUGGAAAAUUUUGAUGUCAUUUAAGGGACC